AUGAGCGGAUGGUGGACAACGAUCGGCCAGCCAUUCGCAGAGGCACUGCUGAGUCUGGACACCGUCAAGAUCAAGGCAGCGUUCGCGAACGCCCCCGGGUCCUACUACGAGUACAUUCGCUCCAUCUACGAGCGCAGUCCGGAGCACGUGAUCAUCGAGACGUUCCUCAUUGUCUUUGUCAUUUACAUCACUUUUGUCAAACGUGACAAGCCGAAAGGAUCGGCGACGAAGCUCUCGGAGCGCGAAGUCGAUGAGCUGUGCGAGGAGUGGGUGCCUGAGCCCUUGAUUCCCGUCAACGCCGUCGUCGAGAUGAACAAAGCAAAGCCCAUUGGCGUCGUGGAGGCCACGCCCGACACGCACAUCAAGUUGCAGGGUUUCGACAAGCCUUUGCUGAAUCUGGCUACCUUUGACUUUCUUGGACUGGGUUCACGACCUGAGCUGAAAGAGGUCGCUAUUAAAACGCUCACCAAGUACGGCUGUGGCUCUUGCGGACCCCGCGGCUUCUACGGCACUAUCGAUACGCACGAAAUCCUGGAGAAGGACAUAGCGCAGAUGAUGGGGACGCCCGAUUCGAUCACGUUCUCGGACACGGAAGCCACGUCGUCAUCAGUGCUGCCGGCUUUUGCCAAGCGUGGUGAUCUCAUCGUGAUGGACGACGGGUGCAACGACUCGAUCCUGGUGGGUGCUAAUUUGGCGCGUUGCACCGUGCACUAUUACAAGCACAACAACCUGGAAGACCUGGAGCGUGUGCUGAGAAACGUUCGCGAUGGAGACAAGAAGAAGAACCGCGGCUCGGACUGCCAGCGUCGUUACGUGGUGACGGAAGCGCUGUUCCGCAACCACGGUGACAUGAUUGACUUGCCCAAGGUGGUGGCGCUAUGCGACAAGUACUUUUUUCGUCUCUUCUUGGACGAGAGCUUCUCGUUUGGCGUGCUAGGCACGUCAGGCCGUGGACUUACGCAGCACUAUGGCAUGGAUGUGUCAGAGGUGGCAAUCAUCUGCAGCUCCCUUGCUGGCUCUGCUGCUAGUGUGGGUGGGUUCAGCACGGGAUCGCAAGAGGUGGUAGACUUCCAGCGCAUCAACAGCGCCGGCUACGUGUUCUCUGCCUCAGCACCCCCAUUUACGUCUGCAUGCUGCUCCGAGGCGAUACGAAUCAUGAAGGACGAGCCAGAGCUGUUUACUAAGCUUCGCGUCAACGCCAAACUCGCGCACGAUGCUCUGUACGCGGGCGUGCAGGAACUGUACAGUAUUUCGGAAGCUACCGUCUCCCCUAUCGUGCAUUUGCGUCUGCUGCCCGAGGUUGUGAGUCGUGUCGGCAGCGAGGAAGAACAGCGGGCUGUACAGCGCAAGGUGUGUGACGAAGUCAUGCAGAAGUGUCUUGCCAAGGGCGUGGCAAUCUGCUCGCCCCGUUACAAGACUUACCAGACGCUUGAACCGUUGCCUAGUCUGCGAGUGUCGGUGACUGCCAUCCACUCGCCCGAGGAGAUCGAGGCGGCGUGCAAGGUCAUCGCGACGGAGGCCAUGUCCACGGCCAGGCAACUGCUCGCACCCUCUCUGGCGGAUGUCGCCCCUGACAGUGAACUGCGACAGCGCAAACAGUAA